AUGAAGGAAGGUUUAUGCCUCAACAGAGUGGAAUGGGAUGUGCACUCAGUGCUGGGCAUUGGGGCCCCAGAGCCCUCAGAGUGUGACCCCGGAAACAGCCGUGUCAAUGUCUCCUGUGGCAGGCCUCCCACAGUGCAAAAUGCCUUCAUACCAAACCAGAAACCUAGGUAUCGACAUGGGGACACAGCACGUUAUGAAUGCAGGCACCCUUUGGGCCUCUUCGGGAAAGCAGUGGUGACCUGCUUCAGUGGGAAUUGGACAGACCCACCUGAGUGCAAGGAUUCCACAGGAAAAUGUGGGCGCCCUCCUGCUAUUGACAAUGGAGACGUUACCACAUAUAUAUCACCAUUCUACGCUUCCGGGUCUUCAGUGGAGUAUCAAUGCCAGGCCUACUAUCAACUUGAGGGAAACAGGAGAAUAACGUGCCGUGAUGGACAGUGGUCUGAGCCACCCAAAUGCUUAGGUGCCUGUGUAAUAUCAGAAAAAAUCAUGAAAGAACAUAACAUACAGUUGAGAUAUUCAGAUGCGAAAAAAUUUUAUUCCAGAUCAAAUGAUUAUGUUGAAUUUGUGUGUCGACCUCAGUAUACUAAAGUGUCACCAGCAUCUGCAUUCCGAGCACAAUGUCGAGAAGGAAAGCUGGAGUAUCCCACAUGUGGAUAAAAUGAGAGCUGUGUGGCAGUUUUCACAUUAAAAUAUGCGCCUUCAUUCAGAAUUUGUUAAUAUUAAUCUGAUUCUUCUCAAUUUAUUUUUCUAGUAGGCUGUAAUUCACUUGUAUUCAUUAAUCACAAUUCCUGUUAAAUGCCAUGUGGGAGAUGUCAUU